UUUCCCUUCGCCUGUUUUAAUGCACACGUUUUGUAAAUACUCAGUCAUCUCCCUUCCACCCUUCAUUCAUCAUCGUCUCCUCCCUAAUUUUCGUUUUUGCGAAUAUUGGCUCCUUGUGGGAGACGUCGGUGGGGGACCGGUGACGGAUAACGUUACUUUUUUUGCGUGGAAUUAAAAUCAACAGAGACGAGGAGGACGAGUUAAAGACUGAAAAUAAAACGUUAAUUUGCUCUCCGACCUCCCUGUACUUAUCGCUAUUGAGGAGGAAAGAUGAGUGGGGGUGAACUUCUUAUUCGGUUGGGGGCUUCCCCAGACCACCUCCAACAUUUAUGGUGCUGCGGAAUGAAGUCGCCAGUCAGCUCGCAUAUUCGAACGUUUGGUGACCAGAAGUGGCAACGUUUUGCCCUACUAUACAAUGUUGAGGGAGAAAAGUACACUAUUGGCCAACGCUUCGAGGAUAGAGAAACCCAAGGCGAAUAUCUAUUUUGUUACUGCGACAGAGUGUCAAAGUCAUCGCAUUGUCAGAUUACUUGUGAAGGUGGUGAUUUUUUUGUACAGAAUUUGCAGGGCCGUCAAGGUCAAGGGACAUUCAUUAAUGGAGAGCAAGUUAUUGGAAAGGUGCAACUAAAGUUUGGUGAUAUCCUUUCCCUUGGAGUCAAAGGCUUAGCGGAUCCUGCUCAAGUUGAUUUAUCAAAGAAAGGAAAAAAGAAGGAGGAUAAAACAGCAGUGUUUUGGUUUCAGGAACCCCUGCAGCUCGAAUCGAUGUACACUAGUUCCAACUCGAAUGGAGAUAUACACAAAGACGGGUGUUUUUCUGGAACUUUGGUGAAUAUGGUGAUGGAAAACAAUUUCAGAGUCCAAAAAGCGAAAAAGGAACAGAAAAAGGGACAAAAGUCGUCUGACACUAAAAAGAAACCCAAACGAGGUGAUGGCAAUGAACAACGAGGACAAAUUUGUGAUUUUACACCUGGUCGCAACACUUUGGUGUUGUAUGAAAUCCUGAAGCAUUUACCUCUCGACGAUAUUAAAACUUGCCGCUUGGUGUGCUCAACCUGGAAUGAUGAAGCUACCAAGUUAUUAAUGAAACGAUCUGUCGCCCCUCUCGAUCUGUCCCAAGGUUAUAUCUCCGUAGCUAGCAGGGUCAAGCUGUUUUCAUACGUUCACGAAAUGAAGGACGUUGUCUCGCAAGGAAGAUUUUGUUUGGAACUUCCAUCGUGUUCUGACUUUGGGCCAGAAGGCAAAGGAGGCAAAGGAGGACCUGGAGACAAGCUUUUGUCAGACAUGACUUGGUUCUUCAAAGGUGGAUUUCCUCAUCCUGUCACAACGUUAGACCUCAGUGGAUCCGUCCGUUGCAAAAAAGAGUGGGACAUGUGGUCAUCCAUCUUAGAAAAUGUUGGUCUCCAUUUGGAGGAACUUUCAAUUAAGUUGGAAUUGGAUCUGACGACUCAAGAAUCACCUUCAUCAAAACCAUUCCAAGUUAAUUUCCCAGUCUUGAAACAACUCGCACUUAAGCCCGCAGCAGUAGAUAAGAUAUUUACGCAACAGGGAUUCGAAUUUAUUGAAGUUGACAACGGUCUGAAAAUGAAGGAUUGGGUAGUUUCAUUCGUCAAUGCAAGUCCAAAACUUCAGUCACUCACGUUAGACUCGAGCGACUUGUACUCUGCUUUUACUACCUUAGUUCUUGAACAAGUCAUUCAGGGUGGCUUUCCUCAUUUGAACAGUCUCAAACUUUCCGAUUAUCCAGACUCUACACUCAAGGUUUUGCUUAAAUUGCCUCGGCGGUUGGAGAAGUUAACGCUUAAUUGUAAUGGAUAUGAAGAAGAGACCGUAAAGGACUUGAGCCUGUUGGAGGAAGUCAUCAAGAAAUUUUCCCCCAGUCUGGAAUAUUUUAAGAUUACCUUACCCGAAGUUGAUGAAGAACGUGAAGAACUUUGGAAGAAUAAAGGUGUGAAAAUUCCAGAAGUCUUUCCAAGAUUGAGAAUAUUUAAAGUUACUGGGGCUCCAGGUGAAGUCAGCGUCAACCUUAUUUUCUCCGACGUUAGUGGAUUGAAUUAUGAGAAACAGUUCCCUAAUCUGGCAUACUUGAGCGUUGACCCUUUCGAAGACCCAAGCUCGACUGGAAACGUUGGGAGCAAGGCAUUUUUUGAAAUGUUUUUCCCUGCUGAGACUGAACAAAUUUGUAAAUCCGUAGGAGCCUUGGAUAUUCCUUACUUAAAGGAGAGUGGGGGACUUUGUGAGUAUGUGGGUAGAAUAGCCACAAUGUUCCCAAAUGCUAAAAAUAAGUAUUUGGAUAACGCCAGAAUCAAAGAAGCCCAAUCAUCAGGGAAGGGACGCAAGCGAAAAGUUAGCGCAGUCCCCUCCACUCGAACGCUUCGCCCACGUAAAAGAGUCGCUGUUCCCAGAGAAAAUGAUGAUUUCCGUGCCUUUCCAUGUAACGUUGUGUGAUUUGUAAGAUUGUAUUUUUCCUCAAAAUUACUUUAUCGAAUUUUUUUUAUUCGAAGUUGUCCUUGUACGUACUGUCUCAAAAUAUUUAAAGUGUCAAUAUAAAUUGUAGAGUUUCUGAUAAUCAUAUAACUUGUUAAUUAAUGUCACAAUUUAAAUUCAUGAUUUCAUAAACAUUAACUAAAUGUUGAUAACAAAAUUUGAAAGUCAUACAUAGUUGAAUCAAAAACUUUGCAUUUGUUAACCAUAUCAGUUUGUGUUUCGCUUGUUAACUUUACCAUUUAACCUGAAAAGAAGAAGACUCCAAAGUUAUAACUUUAUCAUAACCAUAUGAAAGUCAUGUCAUACAUAUAUGAUUUUAAUUCCUGUUAAAAACAUGUAUUAAUAAAUAUUGUUGGAAUAUUA